CUGUUUGUGAGAAAGCUCAUCAGCACAUGCAUUUUUUUGUUUUUGUUUUUGUUUUAGAAAGCUACAGGAUUUUAAUGUUCAUACUUUUAUGCGUACGUUUCACUCUUCCUUUAAUUCAAUGUUCAUACUAUGGCUUGAGUUAGUAUGCAAAGCUGGAAUACACUGCAAUGCAUUGUUAAAAAGUAGUUUGAUUCUGCUAAGUUAUUCAGUUAAAGUAGUGAAGCCUCCUAUUAAGUUUGCAGACCACUUUGAGAUAUAGAAAGUUGGGGUGAUCAAAUAAUCUGUAAUCUUGUAACACAACUGUUAAAUGGCAUUAAAGUCAAUUUUCAUGAUGACCCAAUAAACUCAAAACGCAGUGAAAACAACCACAGAAAAAAAACCUCUGAACACUUGCUAAGGCCAAAGGUGCACCUUUAUAAGGACUACAAAACUUACAGUCACCAAUACUGAUUUUAAGUUUUACUGAUUUAGAGAGUCAACAGAUAACGGAUAUCCUGGUGAGAAGAACUUCUUUUAUUGGGUUUUAAAGUCUUCUGUGUUCUUUUUACAGCAGCAGCUUGAUGUAAUUAAGUUUAUUCCUUAUGCUCACUACAGCAUUCUGGGGGGGAAUUUUUGCCAUUAAAUAGUUGGGUGUCAUCACAUCCCAAAAAUUUCAAAUGAUACAUUAUUUCAGGGCAAACAGAGCAGGUGUACUGGUCUGGGCUGCUCUUAGGCCCAGGGGAUAUCUCAGCACUACCAUAACAGUAAAACAGGUAAGGAAUUAUGGAGGUUUAUUGUUUAAGUUGACACUACUCACAUAUUCCAGCAGAUGGCAAACACACACUUUUAGUAAACACCUGAGUGUCUUCACAACAUGCAGCCAUACAGUCCUGCCGUUUUGGGACAUAGUGGCACCAAGUGAAAUUCAUGCUACAUUAAUAGGACAGAGGCUCAAUAAACAAUGAACUCAUUGUAGUCUGUGAUGUACAACUAAAGCUAAAGCUAAAACCAUGGAGAAACUUGAUGAAAACAGGAAUAAAUGCUCUUCUCGGUUAUUAUUUCUGGGUGGGUUUAAUCACUUUUUAUUCGAUGUCUGUUAUUGGUGAUUAAAUGAAUGGGAACAGCGGCAUUGUUUGUAAUAUCUUCACUCAGAAAAAGAAAAUGACACACUAACUUUAAAAAGUUUCCUGUUUCUGCGGGCGGACACGCGCAAAUCAUCACUGUGCGUGCGCGCUCCCGUAAGACACAGAAAAAUGGCGGCCGUAUCAGGUAAGUCGACUCAAGCGGCAGUUCUGGCUGGGUGUUUGAUUAAUUUUACGUCAGCGAGAAUUUUUUAAACAUAUCAUAGACGCAGCGUGAGACUCAAAACAUUCACAAGAAUCCACACGAGUAAAGUUUGGGCUCCAACAGGACAGUAUCGAAACACAAAGCUACCAUUAACGCCGCUAGCUGGUUCAUCUAUUAGCAAUGCUAACAUCUCGGUCUCAGAGUAAGAACCGGCUGUCUGCAUCAGCCUGGCUGUAAAUUGUCAGAGUGAAACUUGUCUGUCAGAGAUAUCGCAGUGUUAUGAAAUCCAACCGUCAGAUGAUAUUUGUUCUGGUUUCGGGUAGAUGUUCAGUUGAGUUUGCAGUGACGCCCAUGGCUAGCAUGACAAGUUGUUUGCUAAGGUGAGGUUAGCCGGCGGGUCAGCCUCUGCAAUCCGGAAGAAACGCUGCUUAGUUUCUCACUCUACAGCAGCAGAAACUCACUGUAAUGUCACGUUAAACGGACUAUAAAAAACCUCGCUUGUGUGUAAAUCACCUCGUAACUACAAAUGCAGGUGUAUUGAAGAGGCAGGUAGGAAAAUAGAUGAGGAUUUAAAGAAAGGGAGUAGGCAGAGUCAUAAACCUGGGCAGGAAACCGUGUGAUUGAACAGACACCUCCUUUUUCUCAGCCCUGUUCUGUGAGCCAGACCACCAAACUGAGGAUGAACAAAGAGUACAGCUGUCUCACAUCAGCUUACAUUAGAACUUUGAUUCAGCCUCUCUCCAACAAGAUCAGCCAUGCCUCUCUAUUUUCUGACAAGUCUUUCAACCUUCAAGUUUGUCAUGGUAAAUUCACUGGGGCUCAUUUACCCGCUUUUGAAAAGAAAUUAGUUCUUCGUCGUCUUCAUCCGGGUCCGGGUCACGGGGGCAGCAGCUUCAGCAGGGAAGCCCAGACGGCCCUCACCCCAGCCACUUCCACCAGCUCCUCUGGGGGGAUUCUCAGGCGCUCCCAGGCCAGGCGAGAGAUAUAAUCCCUCCACCUGGUCCUGGGCCGGCUACGAGGUCUCCUCUAACGGGAGGCGUCCAGAAGGCAUCCUAACCAAGUGCCCGAGCCACCUCAGCUGACUCCUCUCGACGUGGAGGAGCAGAGGUUCCACUCUGAGCGCCUCCCGAGUGUCCGAGCUCCUUACCCAAUUUCUAAGGCUGAGCCCGUCCGCAUCACUGCUGACCCCGCUCCGAUCUGCCUGUCAAUCUCCCAUUCCAUCCUACCCUCACUUGUGAACAAGAUCCCAAGAUACUUGAACUCCUCCACUUGAGGCAGGACCGGGCAAUCUACCUUUUUCCGAAUGAGGGCUAUGGCCUCGGACUUGGAGGUGCCGAUUCGCAUCCCAGCCACGAACCGCCCCAGCAAGAGCUGAAGGUCACUGCUCGAUGAAGCUAAAUUAGUUCUUAAAACUCUCUAACACAGUUUCUAAGAAAGUUCGAGCAUUUUCAAGUUUUCUCUUCAGAAAUUUGUUCUUAGAUACUAAAUCUAUAAACACCCAAGAGAGCUCUGUACAUUUGAGUGCUGAUACUUCAGGGCAAAAACAUUCAAUAUUGUGUUUUUCUUCUCUUGACAGCUUCAUAUUAUUUAAAGGCAUCUAUAAGUAAAUGAUUUGGAUUCAAUCAACAUUUUAGGGCUGAAACGAUUACUCGAGUAACUCGAGUAACUCGAUUAAUAAAAUUCCUCGAGGCAAAUUAUAUGCCUCGAGGAAUCGUUUAAAUCCGGAACCAUGUGCAGCGCACGGUGUUUGACACGGACGGUUAUUUCUGUUGCGCAGAAGCGUGCUCUUUCCGCUCCUUCCGCUGCCGCGCGUUUGGUUCAAUCAUGGAGGGAAACGAGGACAGACAGAAGCUGUGUCCGAAAUGGCAUACUGCCUGCUAUCUACUUACCUACUCAAGCAGUAGCUACUGCCUACUGACUACUCAAAGAUGAUUUGAGUAUGCCGCGGCUGCCCGAGCGUUUACACACAUACAUACUAAAUACCCCAGAAUGCAUUUCGUGCCGGCCGGACGCAGCGCCGGGAAAAUUUAAAUAGUCCUACCACAAGCUACAUAGAACGACUGCAUACCGGACAAAUUAUAUAAAUUCAUUCAAUAAUAAUAUUUUUUCUAGCGAGAAAGUAAGUGUUUACAUCACGAUUAUGAGCCCAGUUGUUUGAAAUAGUGGCUGUUUGUAAAUUUGUCUCGGCGUUUUCGGAGACCGAAGCGUCAACUUGGUCGGUGUUUGCGUCUAUUUACCGUAAACACCGGGCAGCAGCAGCUCCCCCUUCACGUUUCCAAAUUAUUGCGAAGUGUUUUCAUAAUCAACAUCUACACGACACAAACCGGGCGGCAGUGGAUGAAAAAAAUCACACAAACAUCCGUGUAUCCAUGGUGAUAAUGCUAUACACCACCUGCUAGGCGUGUGAUGAGCAGCAGAGGGCUGCAAAAUGACCAACACACAACAACAUGUAAAUAAAAAUGUAACACUUUUAUAUAUUGAAUAAAUGUACAUUUGCUUGUCAAAUUAUGUUAGUAUCCAAGAAUUAUAUUAUUUCAGCCUAUUAAUUAAACAAGUAAAAUUAGAUCCAAAGCCUGGAAAUAGUUGUGACUGGUUUAAUGAAAACUGCAAAGAUCAUUACCAUAGCAAUUAAAAGACCAUCUGCAGACCUUGCCUUCAGUAGUUUCAUGUGAACUACAUGGUAAAAUGUAAAACUUUUGGUUCCUGAUUUAUGCAGUAAAAAUAUUCAUUUGAAAGACCUGGCCUAUUUCAGUUUUGUGUGUUACUGAUGGUUUUUAAUGAGGCAAACGUGAUUCAAUGCAAAGUAUUACAGUGAGAGCAAAACAUUUCUUAUCCGAUUACUCGAUUAAUUGACAGAUUAAUCGAUAGAGUACUCGAUUACUAAAAUAAUCGAUAGCUGCAGCCCUACAACAUUUAUUUCAAGAAGGAAAUGUUUGGUCUAAACUGCAAAAUGUCAAGUUAUGGGUAUAAAAUAAACUCUUUGGUAAAAUACAAAAGAUCAAUUUUAUUGGCAAGUCAGUAGGUCUACAACAAGCAUAAAAGGUUAAACAUUGAACUAAUAAGAUUACAGAAGACAAUCAUUGUCAGAUUUUUAUGUUACUGUAUUUUUCGCACUAUAAGGCGCACCUGAUUAUAAGGCGCACCGUCAAUGAACGUGUCUAUUCGCGUCUAUUUUCAUACAUAAAGCACAUUAAGCCAAACAAAACAGUCUGAUAAGUCAAACUUUAUUCACCUCCUUCAAUAACUCUGCUACGGUUAGCGGCUACGGUAGCUGCAGUGCUCCGACAAGCCCAAAGGAUUUUAAGUGCGCCUUAUAGUGCGAAAAAUACAGUAUAUGAUAAUUAUAAAAAUCUGUCACUUGUUCAAAUAAACUGUCAGUUGACAUUACUUGUGAAAAAAGCUGGUUUUGGUCCUCAUGUCUAAGGCAAGUGUCCCAUUUUGAUUUUUCAUUUUCAAAGUGUACACCAACAGCAAAAAGGAGCAAAGUGAAGUGAAACAAAGCAAUUAAAACAAAUCAAGAUAGCACCCAAACUCAAGGCGUCAUAGCUCUAUGUUGAAAAGAAAGUAGAGGUCAACAUUACUCUAAUACUUUGUGACUGUUUUCCUACAAGGAAAGACAAGGUAGGAUAGGUUUCAGAAAAAAAAGGAAAGAAGAAAUCCAUAAAUAUGUUUUUUAUGAGACAAUAUCAACACCCAGAGGUCAUUUUUUAAACUUACUUUGUAAAAUAUUAGUUAGUGCAUUUCUGGUGUCUCCACCUCUCAUUUUAACCCCAUGUGUCCAUUCAUAUGUCUGUAUAAGAGGUGUACACCUAUCCUAACUGGAAACAUUGAACACGACCCACACAUUUACAAGCAUUUGUCAGUCUAAGAAAACAAGUGCCAACAACUCAGCAGUUCAGGAGCAGGGUGAUAAAUUUGCCUUAGACUUCAGUUAGAAAUGUUCCAGUGAACAAAUUUAAAAAAGAAUUUAAAGAGGAUGUUGAAUGAGGCCCAUUCAUCACGAAUAUUUUUAGCAGCAGGAAAAGAUAAUUACUUUUGUUCUUCAGGAUGAAUUAAAUAAAGGCUAUGAGUUCACUGGGGAAAUUCAGAAGAACAGGAGAGUUAAAGAGCAACAAUUAUGGACUAGGGUGUAGUCAAUCAGACAACCCGCAGCAGGUUAAUGGCUGAGCUCUAAGCUUUCAUUUAACAACACAUGAACAAAUUAGCCAACUUUUUAAAAUAGGAAUUAAAGUUUAAAUUCAUCACACCAAACGGCUUUUAAUGAGAACCAUCGCACAGAGAAAUAUGAGACAGUAAGGUUGUUUUUUAACUAUGAGACUAAAUAUUCUUUUUCUCUGCGUGAAGCUGUUGUAGUUCCCCGCAAUUUCCGGCUACUUGAGGAACUGGAGGAGGGUCAGAAGGGAGUUGGAGAUGGUACAGUAAGCUGGGGUCUGGCAGACGAUGAAGACAUGACACUAACUCACUGGAAUGGCAUGAUCAUCGGUCCAGCAAAGGUGAGCCACUCCCAAAGCCUUAUCACCAUGGUUAAGUUGCUCAGGUGGAAAAACCAUCCAGACAUAUUUCUAUUUAAAUCAACUCCAGAUGGCUCAGUUGAAAAGUUAAAAGUAAUUUGCACUAUAAGGAUCGACCAAUAAUUGGCACGGCUGAUUAUAUGGUUGUUGUUUUUUUUUACCACCGAUAGCUGAUAAAAUAGAGGUGUUCCUCAGUCUCUGUGAAGCUUAUGGAGCUAGCAUGCGCUAAUUCCAGUUAUUUUCUCAUUUCAAAAUAAGGUCAAAAUAUAAAUUUUUACUGCAAAUGAAUAUUGGUUCUAAAUAUCUGUUAUCGGUUUCUUUGAUUUGUAAUAAUUGGUAUUGGCCUUAAAAAACCCGUAUCAGUCGAUCUUUAUUGCACUUUGUCUCAAACUGAAUUAAAAUAUCACCCAAAUACUUUGAGUUCGAGCUACCGCCACACAGCUGCACAGAUCUGACAAACAGAUCUAUGUCAGCGGGCAACCACAUCACCAAAGCUGGCGGACCACUUCUUUGAGUGUGUGCGUUACCACAGACGUAUGGCUUGCUCAGAGGAGCAUCCAGAUGUUAGGCGUGACGAGUAAUGCCUUAUGGCCAAAGGAAAUGAUAGUUCAAACUGAUCUAUAAUGAACAGUGAAAGCAACCAAACAGGAGCACUUGGAGAGAGCAAAUGUCAGGAUCACUGGUUAUUAGUUAGUGGUCAAAUUGUCCACUAAGUUGCCUGAAAACAGGACAGGUCAACCAAAACGGGGACAGGAAACUGAAACAGCUUCAUUUCCUCUAUUCCUCAUCAUCAUAUCAUCUGAAAUAAAUAUUAAGAGUACAUGAAAGCCAUGCUUAUAAUAUUAAAACAUGUUACAGAAUCUUAUUUUAGCGCUGAAGAAUGACAUAAAGUACGAAAGAUCAAAGCAAUUAAGCUCCACCAAGCAGCCUGCUGCGUCAUCGGCCUGCCUCACACCAUAAGCACAAAAUGAAGAGUCUUCAGAGUCAGACAACAUCAUUUGCUCUUUUUUCUCACCGAUAUCGCUCUGCCUGAUCGCAUGAGUUGAUUCACUCUGAGGAAGUUAACCCACGAUGCCAUGCAUGCUGCAGGCCAGCGCUGCAAGCCCAGAGCAGCGAGCCAGGCGGAAAGAUGCAAAUGAUCCACACAUUUCAGCUUGUUUAAUGCUCACUUUUAUGAAGACAUGACAGUAAAAACAUAAUAAAAAAAGAGGCUUUUUUUUCGCUUUUUUCUUGUUUUUCCUUCUUUUCUUUUUCUUUUUUUUUUUAAAGAAUAAACGAAUAUUAUUUACUAGACUGAUAGUAAGGACAGCCCCGUUUACAGGAAUAUCCGAAUAACCGCGCACAUCCUUAUUUGUAAUAGAGUAAUCCAUCAAAAUUGACAAUGAUCGCUGCUGUCCCUUCACUCUAUAACCUAAGAUAAGAAAAACCUGAUUCGUCCUCAAGGGGAAGUGCAGCAUCUGAACCAAAAAAAAGUUCUCAUUUUACAUCUGCAUUCAAAAUCUGAUCCUAACCUCUCUUCUGUCAAUCAUUAAAAUGUAAUGACUACAAAUACCAGCUUAUUUUUGAAUGUUUGUUCAGAUGCCUUGUUCAUUAUGAAAGAUAAAGUAUGUUCGAUUGUUCAUUGUAGCAGUCGUCAGUGGUAAAUGUAAAAUUCUUUUUCGCAUGCUCAUAAAAUGAGUAGAAAUAACAGGAAACUGAAACAGCUUCAUUUCCUCUAUUUAAGCAAACAGAUCAUGUGUAUGGUUGUCUUCAGUCAUACCCUCAAAGCCAAAAUAACCCAAGUGUAACAGCUGUGUGCAGCUGUAAUCAGAGCAUAACAUCAUCAUCAUCAUUUUGUAUUUCGUAUCCUAUCAUUUUUACACCACUUCAACUGAGCUGUACUAAAUAUGUGAAACAUUUAAAGUUUCUUUCAUUGUCCUCAAACUUUGGUCGCUGACUUGUGUUUGGAGGUAAACAUCAAAAAAAGUUUUGUUGUAUUGAUCCAAAUUUAAGAGAGAUUUUUCUUCCCAUCCAAAUAAAUCUGAAAAAGUUGGGAUUGUCUUGUUUUUGGACUUAGUGAGUAAUUAACAGUGUUUAUUAAAACACACAAUAAGGUGAGUGUAUCCCUUAUGACUGAGGCCAGCUGUCCCUCAACCACUGUCAUUCCAGUAAGAUAAGAGAUGGAGAAACAUGCUGAACAAAGUUGCCUGAAAACAGGACAGGUCAACCAAAAACUAAGCUGAUGCAGUUCUCAGGGAAACUGUUAUCAAUUCAGCGGAGACACUUAACUAGUGUUAAAUAGCCAAGGAAUAUCAUGUCACUGAUCAUGUGAAUAAAAACAGAUCAAUGGUCCAUUCACCAGACCUGUCAUCCCUUCAGUAGAUGGCAGGUUGGAUUGAUUUUCAUGGUAUUAAAUACUGAUGAUCACUCAUGAUCAGAUUUCAUUUCCAUCCGAAUGUGACGGUAAGAUUUUUAAGAGGUCCUAUGUUUCUGUUUAAACUCUAUUGCAGUUUUUCGCAUAUGAAAAUUAGUUUUGGUCUUGGCCGGUAUGAUAACGGAUGACAAAUAAAAAAAGCGACAAUCCCAUUUCCUUUAAUCACUCUUCAGGCUAACUUGUCAUCCUCUCUAUUUGCAGACUUCCUUUGAAAGCAAAAUUUACAGUCUGAAAAUAGAAUGUGGUGACUCAUACCCAGACCACCCUCCUCUUGUCCGCUUUGUGAACAAGAUCAACUUGAGUGGGGUACACAGCACAAACGGUAUGGUGAGUAUCAAGAUUUUAUUUACAUCUAUUCCUGUACGUAUGAUUGGAAAGUCCAAUCUCAAGUGCUCACCUGCUCAUAAAAAAGUCCCACUUAUUGUGAUUAGGUAAAACUAUAUAAGGAGAAAUUAGGGUGCGACUCCCUCUCUUGAAGACGACCUGGUCUGCUUCCACCCUUAAUGGCUACCAUCUGAUUCAAGAAAGAUUCAUUGAAGAAGAAGUCAGUUUGGUUUGUGUCGGGUCGAUGAACACUGAUUGAAUUUGGACUUAAGUUAACUGAGGAGUAGGGCUGGGCGAUAAACUGAAACUGAUACCGAAAUUUACGACAAUAACCCGGGUCUCUCUCUUGGACAGGUCGCUGCAGGAGAAGUUUAUUAAUUUGUUGUAAAGUGGAAAUCUUGGCUUCUCUGCAAAUUUGACUUUGCUGCUAAGAAUUUAUUUAGCAUGUUAGAAAAAUGAAAGCCAGUUAAUAAAAAGCAGAUGGAAACAAACGCCACAUGGCAGGGCUCAUUGUGUCACAUUGUUAGGUGAAAGAGUGAUGCUGUAGUUAAGCUAAAUGAUAAAAACCAUUGUAGACAGUUUUUUUUUUUACCUCUUUUUAUUUCUCAGUUUGUCACAUUAGGCGCAGUCAGAGUGACGAGGCUUUUGUCUUUUUUUCAAGAAACAUCUUUAUCACACUCUUGCUGUCUGUUGAGUACUUAGUCAUACAGAUUUAAUGUUUAUGCCACUGACCGUCACUCCAAACGACACAUAUAGUAAUGCUUGCUAAUGCCUACAUUGUAACUUUGGUCUCAUCCUUGGGUCUUGUCCAGUAGAAUGAGUCUUAGAUUAUUUUUCAAGGUCCUCUUCUAAUGUAUUUUUCAACAAACACAAACAAUAAAUCAAUCUGUAUUUUAGUAAACAAUAUCAGAUUAAAUACACAUAAAUUAUUCUUGCGUCAUGAUACUAAUCUACAUACCGAUGGCGAGAUGUAAUCGGUGCCCAAAACACUGGAGUCCUGGUUCAGAGUUUGAAACGUCACAAUGUCAAGAGGCAGAAGUAAAUAUGGCUGACCCCUUUCUGUGGAUUUGUUCUAUUGUGUGUAUAUAGGUUGUCCCUGGCAUCAAGUUUGUUCAUCUUAGCAAUGGUCAGCUAUUGAGUAGUAACAAAUAUUUGCCUUGUAUUAUUGACAAAUCACAAUCAAGAAGUCAAUGCAGCCGUGUAAUAAAAAAAUCACGUCAUCUAACGUGUCUCCAUGAAAUAGGUCUGCUUUUUCUUUUUCAUCUAAAUUUUUACUUUUCUUUUUUUGUAACUCCAGUGUCUUGCACUUAUUGCUAUCAUGACACUUAAGCACUGUGAGUGUCAUGACUUUUCACUUUACCUUCUUGUCCUGACCGAGUACCUUAGACCCGAUCUCCAUUUGACAAAAAGAAAGAGUUGUGUAACAGUUUUCUCUCACCCUCUUCACCCCGCUCAGGUGGACAUCAGGACGGUGACAGCGCUGUCCAAGUGGAAAAACUCCUACAACAUCCGGACGAUACUGCAGGGGCUCAGACAGCACAUGAUGACAAGAGAGAACAGCAGGCUGACCCAGCCACCUGAAGGCCACACGUACAACAACUGAAGCUCCUGCUGCUUUCUCCUUCAAAACACACACACACACACACACGCACACACACGCACACACGCACACACGCACACACACACGCAUAGCAUCAUUAACUCAUAACACUGAUUACACCACCUUGAAAAAACAAAACCCCCAUGUAAUCCAAGACUCUUGACUCCCUCUAGCUCACUGGGGGGGCCCUGUUGGACAGAGGGAAGGAUAUGCAGGUGAACCUGUGAUCCUCAACCAGUGCCCACUCAUUCUUACAAUACUAGAAUACUGUACAUCUUCAUGUUAUUUUGAUUUUCUUUGUGUUUUACAUCUGGAUUGUAAAAUAACAGGCAACCUGGUUGAGUGUACCAAUCUCAUAUGUGUGCGCUGGACUCUCCACAGUUGGUCCCUGUGAUCAACUCAUUACUCAGCAAAACGAAUCUACUUCAGUUGAGAUGUUUGAACAUUUGAACCAUUCCACUUUCAAUUUUAAAUCCAUUAAGUGGCUGAAAAAUUACCCAAAUCAAUGCUUUGCUCUAAUCGCCAGCCAGCGUUAGCUUCAAAAUCCCCAGCUUCCGCAAUCCCGACUAUGUGAAUUUGACGGGUUUCUUAAAUAAGUGCAUGUCUGGUACAUGGGGAUGAACAGCAACUAGACAUUCAGCUGCGUAUGUAUCUACAUGGCACUACUGGCUCAUCACUCAUGUUCUCAGACUUGUCCUCUGUGUGCCAUAUGGUUCAUAGCGCUUCGUGAUAGUGAUUGAUUAUUAGCAGCCAGUGGGGGUGGGUGGGGUGGGGUGGGGGGUGAAAGGGAUUUGGGGGGAGCGGGCCUACGAGUCUUUGUGCAUUCUCUCUCAAGAGAACAGGGAGUCUGAUCGCAGGGUCACCACUGUACUUUUGGUCUGUUUGGAGCAGAAGGAGCUGUGAUUGUUCUUGUUUGCUGUUUUUGGGUUCUCCUUUCAGUUUCUUUACUCUGGGCUGACCCGAGUCGCCUCAUCUCUCUUACAGUAAAAUGCCCACUGAACGCAAUGUAUAGAUCUGGAUGUUUAUUUUAUAACAAGGGUUGAAUCUAAUCAGGGUGAUGGUGACCUGUUGCAUGGUUUUAUUUGAAUUAAAUGUUAUUACUUUUGCACA